AUAUGGACUGGCUGUGGACUCAGGAUGCUUCUCGUGAUCUUCUUCUGGCUGUCCACCCUCCCAACUAUAUUGUUCUGUGGAAUGGAGACACUGGCACCAAGCUGUGGAAGAAGAGCUAUGCUGAGAACAUCCUGUCUUUCUCCUUUGACCCCUUUGAGCCCUCCAAUCUGGCAUUGCUAACCAGCGAGGGUAUAGUGUUCAUCACAGAUUUCUCACACUCUAAACCGCCGGGAAGUGGAGGUAAGAAGGUUUAUAUCGCCAGUCCUCAUUCCAGCCCUGCCCAUAGCAAACCUGCUGCGGCUCAACCUACCGGUGCCAAAAAGGCCCUCAAUAAGGUCAAAGUGCUCAUCACCAAUGAGAAACCCACGUAAGUU